AUGCAUUAUUCCACAAUUUAUGCUGCCAUAUAUCGUCAUUUAUUAAAGAAUCAAUAUGAAAGAUUGAAUGUAGAUUUUUGGAGUGGGGAAUAUGAGAUCCAAUAUAAAAAAGUGAAAUCAUCACCUUUACCACUUCACGAUCGACACGUUCCUGCUGAAUUGGAAAUGACGGAUUCCGCCAAAGAUAUAUUAAAAUUCAUGGCUCAUUUACAUUCAUUAUAUGAGAAAACCGUAGCAUCAAAUAAAUAUGAUCCAGGAUUAUUCCUUUGUCGAGAUGUUGAUAUGAAAAUGGAACCUUUACUUAAAGAUCCUUUAUCAGCAUUAACUCAAACAUUUCCCGAUUUACAUCUUAAGAUUUAUACGGAUUAUCGAUUUUUGAUGAGUGCAAAGAAGAGGCAUGAAUUCUUUAAAGCGAAAACAUUUGGAUUACGAGAUUUAACGAAUUUCGAUUUAACUGAUGAAGAGAAAACUCUCCUUAGACCAGUCUUACCUAGGGAUGAAAGACCUGGAGGUUUAUUAAAACCCGAAUUAUUUAAAUGGUUUUGUAAACAUUUCCCAAGAUUAGGAACCAUUAAAUCUAAUCUUAAAGUUACAUUCACCGGAGAACGUGGUGUUGGUGAAGGGGUUGCACGUGAAUUUUAUGCGAUGAUGUCACUCGAAUUUUCACAAGUUAAUAGAAAUAUGUGGAUACAUGAUUCAGAGGCAGGAAUGAAAGAUGAUGUAUGGAUUAAAAAUGUGAAUGGAUUAUAUCCAGCUCUUAUAGAUAAAAAGAUGACGGAAUCUGAAGAAGGAACGGUAAUUCAGGAAAAUUUUCGACUUUUGGGUCAAUUUGUGGCGAAAGCUAUCGUCGAUGGACGAGUAGUGGAUUUACCAUUUAACAAAGCUUUUAUUGAUCUUUUACUGCAUCCGGGACAUAUAACAUCCAAAAUUUCUCGUGAUGAUGACCUUUUAUUAAUAAUUGAAUCGAUUAAAUCAGUUUAUCCAACGUUUGGUAAAACCUUAGAAAAUUUAUAUUCCAUGCAAAAAUUGGAUGAAAGUUUAUGUAUACCGUAUGACAUUCCGAUUGGAAGAUCAACGAAAACUCAAAGAAAUGAAAUCGAACAUGGAAUUGAUGUUCAAUACGUUACGAAAGAAAAUUUCCGAGAUUAUAUUUUAAUAUGUAGGGAUUGGAUUUUUGAACGAGGGGUACAAAAACAAAUUGAAUCAUUUAAAGAAGGAUUUAAUCGAGUAUUUCCAUUUGAAUUCAUGAGAGAAUAUUCUACAACAGAAUUUGCUCAAUUGAUUUUAUUCCAGGUAGAUGAAGAUUGGAGUAUUGAAAUGUUACGUAAACACGUUAAACCUUUGGAUUCAUCAAGUAAUUAUGAAGUUGAUAAAGUUGUCGAGAUUAUGUCCGAAUUUAAUUGUGAAGAGAAAAAGAAAUUUUUAAGAUUUGUUACGGGUAGUCCCAAAUUACCAAUUGGAGGAUUUGAAGCAUUACAACUUAAAAUUUCUACUCGAGAUGAAGAAAAUUCGUAUCCUCAAGGAAGAACUUGUUUCAAUUCAUUUAUGAUUCCAAGAAAUAAUAAUAAAUUAGAAUUAACCAAAAAGAUCAAGGUGAGUUGA